UAUGGUAGUGGCGUGCGUAAAAUUAUUCAACCUACGCGUAUACCCGCGUAAUUGAACCAUAUUACAAUAAAAAAAAAAAAAAUUGACACAAAGAGCCGACAGAGAGUAUGCAUGGAUCGGGGCCAGUGAGACGAGAAAGAGAAGAAGAGGAAGAAGAUUAGCAAGAGGAGCGGCGCAAGGGGAGGAAAAAAGGGGUGGCGACUGAUAUCGUGAGGCGCUGAUAAGAGCCGGGGGCUGAAAGCCGGGAGCCAUCCCAUGCUUACUUUACGGCUCGUCUCGACGCACUUCCUCAAGCAGCCAUAGGCAGGUGCCUAUAAUAACCAACGUGCCAUGUGUCGCGACCGAGACAUGAAUCCAUAGACUCACGAAAAAUCAACCGCACUCGCUCUCUCUCUCUCUCUCUCGCUCUCUAUUGUUACGUCCGUUUGUUUGUUUCUUCUUCUUUUUUUUUUUUCGCUCAACUUUCGAUCGUCGCUCCUGUCGUGUCGAUCGGGAAAUCAGGGGUGUACUCUAUUUUUUGUCUUCUCCAACAACGGCGGACGAAUUUUUCCACGCCUUUGGCUUUUAUUUCGGUGGUGCACGUUUCUUUCGAAGGAAGAAGAGGAAGAAACAACGAGCACAAACAAACAAGAAUAGAAAAAAAAAAAUCGGGUGCACCGAUCGCCACGAUCGUAAGCACCUCCGUUGUUGUAAAUUACAUACGAUUAUUAUAUUGUUACGUACUCGGGUGAAGAGGAGUGGUUCGUGAGACGAGACGAGGCGCGAGUUGUCGGGAGAAAAGGUGCGAAGAGGAAGGAACAAAGUCGGACGACGAUCGGCAAAAUCGGUUGGCGAGCCGAUACGGUGCCGGCGUUAUUCACCUUCGACACAGACACACUUCAACCUGUGGAGAGUCGCGAAAGAGUGUAUCUGCGGCAGCGGGUCGCGGUGCAGGCGGAGUGGGAUGAGAGGCCCCCAGCAGGAAUCACUAGCCCAACAGCAGCAAACAACAACGACGACGACGACGAAAUCGAUCAUAGAGCAAGAGGUUCAGCAAGAGCAGCAGCCAAAGGACGAGUCGCGGCUGGCUCGGGUGAAGCGGGUGUUGCUCGGGCGCGGCAGCAAUGCGGCGUCCGGGUGUAACAGCGGCUCGUCGCCUCGGGCGAGUUUCGGGAUCGAGCUGGAGCUGGUCGAGCGGCAAGGCGGGAGCGACGUGCCGCGAGUCGUUCACCGGCUCUGCGGCUACCUCGAGGCCCACGGCUUUAACAACCCGAGCCUGUUCAAGCUCCCCGCGGGCAGUUCCAGGCUCGCCGACCGGCUGCGCCUCGCGUUCGACCGACGGGGCGACGCUGACCUCGAGGCGGCUGCGUGUCCGGUCACCGCGGCCCUCCUGCUCAGGCAGUACCUCAAGGAGCUGCCCAGGCCCAUCGUCGGGCCCACCUGCGUGUCCAAGCUGCUGCAGCUACAUGCUCGCGAGCGCGGCAACGAUCACGAGGGCUGGAUCGACAAGACGCGUGACCUGUUGGCGAACGAGUUGCCGAUCUGGGAGUUGAAACUGCUUGGCUACCUGAUCGUGUUUUUGGGAAAGUUCGAGGCACGGCAUGGCUGUGGGGCCGGCGUUUGCGGUAUAUUCGCGCCCAUCCUGCUACCCCACGUGCCCCCGGCCACUGUGCUGCUGCGCGACAUUCUCCACGACGCUCCUCUCAUCUUCCCGGACGCUGGCAGUCAAAGAGUCAAAGAGUCCACGCUGAAUGGUAGCCAAGACAAAGCCACCAAGGACCAAGGAGACUCUGCCAACAACAAACAUCAUCACCAUCAGUCCUCGGUCCCGUCGGCAGUGGGUAUCCUCGGGAUGGGCGCUACGUUGCUCCUCUCCAAGCCCUCCAAACGAAAGGACCGACGUGAUUCCUGCGGCCAGGAAAGAAAGCUCAUCAGGAGCAACAGCGAGGAGAAGAUUGUGGCUGGGGAAAGUUGUUCCGAAAAAUCAGCGGACACGAUCCGCCGGGUCAGCAGCCACGAGGACUUCAACAGUGCCAAACACCAUCAUAUUCUAUCGAAGCUGCAAAAGGACAUGGGAGGACACGGACCGUGUCUCGGCAGUAGUCAGCCUCUGCACGAGAGGACCAGCAACGUGUCACCGGCUUCGUCCAGGGCUUCCCUGAUGCACUCGACGGGUGACGUCGUGCUCGCGACCGAAAAGUACGACUGCGAUGCCGAGAGGCUCAGGAACAGUGAGCGGUUCAGCAGGAGCAUCACUCCCAGGGGCAGGCGCCAAGCGAGGAGGAAAAAAUUACACCUGGGCGUCAACUUCGAGCAAAACAGCAGCAGGGAAAGCAACGAGAUCACCGAUUCGGAGUCAAUUUUCAACCUGGCGCCGGAUUUUAACAAGAGCGGCCAGAGUUUCCUGGAGAUGCUGAGCGGCGAUCCCAGCCGGUCGCCGUCCCCGGUCAGGCCUCCCUCGCUCGAGCUGGAUGACGCCAACAAUCCGACCAUCGCCAACUGGAGCUUCCCGAUACGCCAGAGCAACGACGAGGAAAUGGACGAGAGAUUGGAGGCGAUGGUUUCCCCGCGAAACUCCAUACUGAUACCUCGAAGGUUCUACAACAAGGAAGACGAAGUCGAGGACCAAGAGAAUAUCGGCAGCGCCAAGGAGUACGGCCUCAAGAGCAUGAUGAGGCACAUCAACAGCCUCAAGAGAAAGAUCAAAAAGUACGAGGGCGAAUUCGAGGACAACUUUGGCUAUCGGCCCACCCACUCCGACAAAAUGAGCAACCGCGACAUCAAACGGAUUGUCUCGGAGUUGAGCAAAGUUAGGAAGGAGCACAAGAUACUGAAGGAGGGCUUUGUCGGCACACUGCUGAGCAGCCCGAGAAUGAGUCGGGACGAGGGCGUCUGUCCAAACAACAACAACAACGGCGAGGACAAGCUGCGGGCGACGACGAUGGCCGAGAUGGUCAAGGAGGUCGAUCGCAAGCUGUCGGAGAAAAGAAUCAAGUACAACAGGUCGGAGAACAUGGAGGAUCUCACGUACGAACAGCUCUUGGACGAGAAGACCGCCGUGCAAAAGGCCCUCCUCCACAUCGAGAACACCUUCGGGAGGCCCGUGUCCAAAGAGGACCGAUCGAUCGUUCGACCCCUGUACGACAAGUACCGAACUCUCAAGCGGUUACUCAUCAGAGCAGGCGCUAAUCGGUAUAACGACAGCAUGUCGGAGCUGGCGACGAUUUUGGAGCACGAAGCCAUGGACUUUACCUCGGCCAUCGAUUGCGAUCGGCGAGCCAGUGAACCGGACAUGUCUCACAGAGGAAUAUUGGAUUGCAUCGACUUCAUGGAUCAAGUGCCGACGGACAGCGACAGCCAGCACAGCAGCAGCGAAGGCAGUCGCGGUGUCGUCGAAAGCCUUCAUUCCCUUCCAAAGGACGAAUUGUUACAACAGCAAAGGGUAACCAAGGAGGAGAAGAAACGUUUGAGGAGAGCUUUGAAGGAAUUGGAAAUGCAGUUCGAGGUUCGCGUAGGUAGGCGUAUGCAACGAGAAGACCGCGGCCCACAAGUACACGCUAUUUACGACUCUUACAAACAAACGAAAGCCAAACUUAGAUUGAUCAGUGCCCUGUUAGCGAAAAAUGCCUGACAGAGCGUUUAAGUUAUUAUUAAUAAGUGAACACGUACCUUGAUUUUACAUGUACAUAUACAUAUAUGCAUACACAAUAUAUACAUAUACAUGUAUACUGCGUUAUGAUUGUCAGAUUACAGACAACCACUUUGAGCGUGGGGUGUAAAACUAUUGUUUGUAUUAAUUUCGUAAUUUUUUUUUUGUUUCCUUGUCGAGCUUGUUGAUGACAUAAAAGUACCUGUAGCUGUUUAAAUUACGAUGAGUUGCUAUUUAAACGAUAAAUUAUUAAAAGUCUUGAGUCUUACAAAUACUCUAUGGUGUUAACGUGUUGCGCACAGUAGUUAAAAAAAAAUUUUUAGAAGACCUGUAAUUAUAGUUGGAGGUACUUACAUAGAGAGCUGCUCCAUCAACACCCACGUUGUUCAACAAAAAGAAAAGAAAAAAUUAAAACAAGAGAGUAGCAUAGAAAUUAUACUUUUACAAGUGAAUUACGUAAUAACAAAGUUAUAAAAUGUUAUAUCUUAAUGGUAAAUAAACUGUUCGCGAUGCCACAUUUUCUGAUGAGACUUUUUUGGAUGCGUUUUUGGAAUUUUUUUUUUUCUUUUUAACAAAAAACAAAAAACUCCUUUUUUUUACAAAAGCAAUCAUUAAAAAUUUUAUACUUUCGAUUGUACGAUAUACUUCUGCGUUAUCAUUCGAUUACACUGAAAAAUUUUCAUUUUUUUUUAAAUACUCGCACGUAUUGCCUGUAUUGUCCACAAAGCCAAAACAAAUAUCGCAUGUUAAAAGUGUCUAAACGUACUAUUGACUGUUAAGACUUUGAAAAUUUGACAAUGAGCAACACCGUAUAGCUAACGUGUAUUUAUAUACAUUUACGUUUUUAUGAAACGCAUGAUUUUAUAUAUAUAUACGUACUUAAAAACCGACAAUUACUGUAUAUAGUAUUGUUGAACAAGCAAUACAGAAAAUUGAUUUACAACACCCGAGUACAUUAGCUAUGUAUACAUAUAUUAUACUAGAUGCGAGGCAUGUUGAUCGAGUAUGUUCGGGAGAAAUGGUUUUAUAAGCUUUCCUUUUUUUUUUUUUUUUUUUUUUUAAUAACUCAUCUCCUAAAAUUUUUUAAACAAAAAAUUUUGUAACUGUGGCUUAAAAAAAUAAAACGUUUUCUAUGGCUUGAGCACCGAAUGUGUUUGACAAUGCAAACGACCCAUAAAAAAAAUAAAAAACCACGCUUAACUGAGAUUUGUGUCGUGAAUUGAAAAAAAAAAAAAAAAAUAAAUAAAUCAAUAAAAAAAUUAUACGGAAUGGUUUUUGUAGACCAAAGCAUUUUUAGUCUGUGAUAUAAAAGAAUUAUUGAACUUGAUAGAGAAAAGAGAGAGAAAGAAUGUUUGUCUGUGAAUGACCAGAUUUAAGGAAAAAAUGUGAUUGACAUGGAGUAAUGUAUAGCUUUAAAUGUAGGAAUUGCAUUCCUCGCAAAGAUUAAUUCUUAUAUUUUGAUUAUUAAAAUGUUUUAAAUCGAUCGUCUAAAUGAGCUAUCGUACUGUUAUGAUUAUUUUGUAUACAAAAAAUAAAAAAAACAAUAUUUGAGUGAAAAAAAUUUUUUUUUUAAAUAUCGGUAUUACACGUAGAUUUAAGCUUGUGUUUUGUAGAGUACUUAUUGAAAGUAAUUUUGCAGCUGCUACGCCUAAUGUAAAGCGAACCGAGACAAUCGAUAAAAAGAAAAACAGAAAGACAAACUUGUUCUUUCUUUCUUUCUUUCUUCUUUUUUUUUUUUUUUGUUUUUUUGUAGAACUUUGCAAUAGAAACGAAUUCUGGAGUUUGGCAAAUGAUGAUUACUUUAUCACAAGAUGACAAAACAAAAACAACAGCAGCAGAACAUGUUUCAUGUUACAAGGAAAUAUUAUCUAGGUGUAACCCAAGGUUUCAAGCGUUUGAAUCUGAUGUUUGGUCAGUGUAAAAAUAAUAUACUUGCAUACAUGAAAAUAAGAUAAACAAUAACCGGCUUAUUAAUCGUUUGCUCAUCUCCAAUAAACAUGUAUUGCAGGCUAACGAUACUGUGUUUAAAUAAUCAUACAAAAAAACAAUAUAUCUAUUAGGUGCUGUAGAGCCAUCCGUAACAGAUUUCUUAUAAAUACUUAUAAAUAAAAAAUAAAAAAAAGAAUCAGAAUAAAAGUAGAAAACAGUGAGCAGCGAACCUUGAGAUUAUGCUGUAUACAUAUAUAUACAUAUAAACAAUAAAAAAAAUGUAUGCGUAA